AUGCCUUUACGCAGCGUCCUCCUCGUCUCGGACUUUUUCCUGCCGAACCUGGGGGGCGUGGAGCUCCACAUGUACUCGCUAGCGCAGAGGCUCAUCGCGAGGGGUCACAAGGUGACGGUGCUGACCCACGCGUACGGAGAUAGGUGCGGCGUGCGGCACAUGACCAACGGACUCAAGGUUUACUACGUGCCCAGGGUUCCCGUGUACAACGGUGCGACGUUGCCGGACAUAUUCGGGCACAGCGACUUACUGCGGCUGAUCCUGCUCCGCGAGAGGGUCACCGUUGUUCACUCGCAUCAGGCGUUUGCGGUGAUGGGCCACCAGGCGUGCUUCCACGCUCGAACCAUGGGAUACAAGUGCGUGUUCACGGACCACUCCCUAUUCGGCUUCUCGGACGCCAGCCACAUACACAUGAACAAGCUGCUGGUGUUGACCCUCGCCGACUGUAACCACGUGGUUUGCGUGAGUCACACGGCGAAGGAGAACACGGUGCUGAGGUCGGGCGUGCCGCCGCAGAGGGUGUCCGUCAUACCGAACGCGGUGGACGCCGUUCGAUUCGUCCCGGAUCCGACAAAGCGGGGUCUACGCAUGGACGGGAGUAAGGCUGAGUUUGGGCGAAUCACCGUGGCCGUCACCGCGAGGCUGGCGUAUAGGAAAGGGGUUCACCUGCUCGCCGGCGUCAUUCCGUUGGCGUGUGAACGUUUCCCCCGGGUUGACUUUCUCAUCGCCGGGGACGGAUCGAUGCGACCGCACCUGGAGGAGAUGACCAAGUCGAACGGCCUCACGGAGCGGGUCACGCUGCUGGGCAACGUACCUCACGCGAGGGUCUCCGACGUGCUUCAAAGGGCGCACGUCUUCCUGAACUGUUCCCUGACGGAAUCGUUCUGCAUCGCUAUUCUCGAGGCGGCGUGCUGCGGGUGCCUCGUGGUGGCGACGGGCGUGGGCGGGGUGCCGGAGGUGCUACCGCCGGACCUCCUGUACCUCGCGAAACCCAACCCCGCCGCGCUCGUCGACGCGCUCAACGACGCGAUUGAAGCGCUCGACACAGCUGGCGGCGGCGAUUCCUCCGAGGGUUCGACCGAGGGUUCGCGAAGGGCCGCGGUCGACCCGGUCGCCAUACACGAGCGCGUGGCCGAGAUGUACAGCUGGGACGACGUCGCCGAGCGCGUGGAGCGCGUGUACGAGCGCGCGCACGCGACGGAGGAUACGUUGGUGGGCAGGUUGGUUCGGCUGAGCCGGUGCGGCGCGUUUGCGGGGCCGCUCUUUGCGUGCGUCGCGGCUGUUGAUUACGUGUUCUGGAGGUGGUGCGAGUGGUGGCGGCCGGCGAGGACGGUGGAACCCGCGCCGGACUUUGUGCCGGACGACGCGGACUUCGUUCUGGUGGAGGAGGAGUGA